UCCAUGCCAAAUUGCCAAUUUUCUCAUUUUUCUAGCCGAGAAAAGAGAAAGAAUACAUGGCUUGUUUGUUUAACUUGUUCUUGUUCUUCUCUUUUGCAAUUUCUUCUUCAUAUUGCUAUGAUACUCUGAAUGAGGGUGCUUCACUCUCAACGGAGGAACUAGACCAGGUUUUAGUUUCAUCCAAUGGCGUUUUCUCUGCUGGUUUCCACUCUGUUGGCCAAAACGCAUAUUGUUUUGCCGUAUGGUUCAAUGAUCCUCCAUACAACGACAACAACAAUCCAAAUGGCAGCACCAUAGUAUGGAUGGGCAAUCGUGACAAGCCAGUCAGUGGAAAAAAGCACUCAUUCCUUUCACUUCAAAAAGAUGGCAAUCUAGUCUUGCAAGAUGGUGGUGGUGGUGGGCUUAUCAUUUGGGCUACACACACAAUCUCAGUGUCAUCCACUUUCUUACAGCUCCUCGACAAUGGCAACCUCGUACUCAUGAAAGUGAAGGAACAUCAUUAUUCCAAGGAUGUUGUUCUGUGGCAAAGCUUUGAUUUUCCAACAGACACCCUUCUACCACUACAACCACUGACCAAAUCCACAAAGCUUGUCUCGUCAAUUAGCCAGAAUAAUUUCUCUACAGGUUUCUAUAUCUUCUCUUUCGAUGAUAACAACCUUCUUAAUUUGGUGUUUGAUAAUAGCCGUGAAGAUUGGAGUGUGUAUUGGCCCCCAGCUUGGCUUAAGAGCUGGGAAGCUGGAAGGUCAACAUACAAUGACAGUAGAAUUGCUGUCCUGAAUUCAAUGGGGAAUUUCAGCUCGUCUGAUAAUUUCACAUUCAUAUCAUCGGAUUACGGUUCGGAUACGAUUCAGAGAAGACUGAGGAUGGAUUAUGAUGGCAAUGUCAGAUUGUACAGUCGGAAAAUUGAUGGAGAAGGAUGGUAUGUUUCAUGGCAGGCCAUUUCUGAUCCAUGUAAAGUUUAUGGAAUUUGUGGGGUUAAUGGACUCUGUAGCUACGAUUACAGUUCUGGAAGAAAAUGCUCUUGUCUACCAGGACAUAAGAUGAAAGAUCCUAGUGAUUGGUCCAAAGGCUGUGAACCCAAAUUUGAACCAUCCUGCAACAGAAACCAUUCUAAAUUCAUCAGAAUUUCUAGCGCCGAGUUCUAUGGCUAUGAUUAUGGCAACUUCCGCAACUACACUUUUAGUCAAUGCCAAGACCUAUGCUUGAGUUUGUGCAAUUGCAAAGCCAUCCAGUACACAUUCUUCGACUCCACCAGCACCUACAAUUGCUAUCCCAAGACUCUGCUGGCUAAUGGAUAUAGAAGUCCCACAUUUUUUGGUGACUUGUAUUUGAGGCUGCCAAAAUCUUAUGACAACAACACCACCACCCUUGAAGAAUCCAGCUUAAAAUGCUUCGAUGAACCAGAAUUGCUGAAUAAAGAAAAGGAGAAUCAAUUGGUGAAACAUUUGCUUUGGUUUGCUGUUGGAAUGGGAGGGUUCCAGAUCAUUUGUUUUGUUUCAGUUUGGUCCUUGUUGUUUAUUAAAAACAAGAAAAACUCGGAAUCAGAAGGUGGUCGCUACCUGAUUGCUGCAACAGCUGGAAUGUGCAAAAGGUAUAACUAUGAUGAGCUUAAAAAGGCUACUCGUGGUUUUAAAGAAGAGAUUGGAAGGGGCUCUGGAGGAAUCGUUUACAAAGGUGUGUUACCGGAUGAUCGUGUUGCUGCGGUGAAGUUGCUCAUCAACGAAGCUAAUAAUAAUGACCAAGGUGAAGCUGAAUUUCUAGCAGAAGUUAGCACCCUCGGGAGGCUCAAUCAUAUGCACUUGAUGAAGAUGUGGGGAUAUUGCGCUGAAGGAAAGCAUAGGAUUUUGGUGUAUGAGUACUUGGAGCAUGGGUCUUUGAAACAGAAUUUGUCUUCGAAUGUGCUUGAUUGGGAAAUGAGGUUUGAAAUUGCUCUUGGGACUGCUAAAGGCCUUGCUUACUUGCAUGAGGAAUGCCUGGAGUGGAUUUUACACUGCGAUGUAAAGCCGCAUAACAUACUCUUGGACUCUGAUUAUAGUCCAAAGGUUGCAGAUUUUGGGUUGUCUAAGCUGCUAAAAAGAGGAGAGCUUAACAACUCGGCAUUCUCAAGGAUUAGAGGAACUAGAGGGUAUAUGGCUCCAGAGUGGGUUUCAAACCAGCCCAUCACAUCCAAAGUGGAUGUGUACAGCUAUGGGCUUGUUGUGUUGGAGAUGUUGACAGGAAGAAGCCCAACAACCGAUGUUCAAACCGUAAAUGAUACAGGAGAGAUAGAGAAUAGAAGAAGUUUGGUGAGUUGGGUGAGGGAGACUAUCAAGGAAACUUCUUCUGAUGAAAUUGCAGUGUUGCUGGAAAAGAUCGUUGAUCCUUCCUUGGGGGGAGAAUAUGACAUGAAGGAGAUGGAGAAGCUUUUGGAAGUAGCUAUGAAAUGUGUGGAGGAAGACAAAGGUGCUAGGCCUACCAUGGGUCAAGUCGUUGAAAUGCUUCUUGAUUAUUAGCAUGCAACAGCUCCUCGAGCAUGCAUUUCCAUGUUCCUACUUUGCCAAAAAUAUAUAUGGCAUUUUUCAUUUAACAUGGUAUUUGGGAGGGGGGGUGGAAGGGAGUGUGUUGGGUGGGUGUGGGGUUUGGGUGUGUGUGGAAGCGUGCAUGGUUAAUAAUGUUUUUCAAUUUUGUUUUUGUACUUGUAUUCUGUAAUUGGGACUUGUCCAUACUGAAGUAGCCCAAUUUCUUGUGUUUUCGCCUAAAACUGUAAGGUAGGAAACAAACCUGUAUCCAUAAGGAAUGAGAUUCCAGGGAUGUAGAUUUUUAAAAUUGUAAUGUGUAUAUUAAUAUGCCUUUGAAUUUCAGGUUUAUGGGCUUGAGGCUCCCUUUGGAUCACAAAACAAAAAAAUCUAAAAUAAGAUAAAAUCAUGUGUAUGUGAUCCUUUUGAUCUUAAAA